AGAAGAAAGUCCGAACUCCUGAACUCCCAACCAUAACGACAAAACGGAGGCAAUACACAAUCGCCGUCGAACCGCGCACAAGCGGUAGCACCAGACCAGUGACCAGCGCGCGCCGCCCCGCAAGCUUGGUCGGAGCCUUUGACCACCGCGCGGCGCCCGACAUGGCCGCCGCCGCCGCCGAGCAAGCCGCCUCCGGUUCCACCACCGGUGGGCCGCACGUGCUGGUCGUUCCGUACCCCGCGCAGGGCCACAUGCAGCCGCUCCUCCACCUCGCCUCGCUCCUCGCCGCGCGGGGCCUCCGCCUCACCGUCGUCGCCACGCCCGCCACGGUCUACCUCCUCGCGCCGCUCCUCGCCGCGCACCCUUCCUCGGUGCGGCCGCUCACCUUCCCGUCCGCCGCUGACCACGACACCUCGGGCCCGACCUCCGUCGGCGCCGACUUCCACGCGCACGCCGCCGCGCUCCGCGCCCCCCUCGGCGAGUGGCUGCGGUCCCGGGCCCGUUCAGACUCCGGCGACGGGGAAGGAACCGGCCGCGUCGUGGCGGUGAUCUCGGACUUCUUCUGCGCGUGGACGCAGCCGCUCGCGGCGGAGGUGGGCGUGCCGCGGCUGGUGUUCGCGCCGUCCGGCGUGCUCGCCACCGCCGCCACGCACUCGCUGUUCCGGCGGAUGCCGAGGGCACCGGAAGGCGACGCGGGCCGCGGGUACGCAGUCUCGUUCCCGGCUCUGCCCGGCGCGCCGGCGUUCCCGUGGCGGCAGAUCUCGCGGAUGUACAGGAGCUACGUGGAGGGCGGCGCCGGCGGCAGCAGCGACGAGCACGCCGAGGCGAUCAAGGACAACUUCCUCUGGAACCUGGAGAGCGCGGCGUUCGUGUGCAACACCUGCCACCCUCUCGAGGGGAAGUACCUGGACGCGCAGCCGCUCGAGGACCUGGCCGGCAAGCGCGUCUGGGCGGUGGGACCGGUGGCGCCGCCGCCGGAUAGCACAGGCGAACACGACCCCGGCACCGCCAGCGACGUCACCGCGUGGCUCGACGCGUUCCCGGACUCGUCGGUGGCGUACGUGAGCUUCGGGACCAUGAUGGUGCCGCCGCCGGCGCACGCGGCGGCGCUGGCGUCCGCGCUGGAGCGGAGUGGCACGCCGUUUGUGUGGGCUUCCGCGACGACCAAGCUCCCGGACCGGUUCGAGGAGCGGGCGGCCGCCGCCGGCACGGGGCUGGUGCUCCGCGGAUGGGCGCCGCAGGUGGCCGCGCUCCGGCACCGCGCCGUCGGCUGCUUCGUGACGCACUGCGGGUGGAACUCGGUGAUGGAAUCCGCGGCGGCCGGGGUGCCGAUGCUGGCGUGGCCGAUGGCCGCCGACCAGUUCUUCAACGCGCGGCUGGCCGUGGAGGAGGCGCGCGUGGCCGUGGCCGCGAGCUGGGGCGGGUUCGGCGGCGUCCCGGACGCGGAGGACCUCGCGCGCGCGUUGUCCGAGGUCGUCGGAGAGGCCGGUGCCGGCGUGAGGGCGCGCGCCAAGGAGCUCGCUGUGAUGCUGGAGGAGGCGGUGGGCGAAGGCGGCAGCACGCGGCGGGAGCUGGAUGGGCUGGUGCAGGAGCUAAGGGAACUUGGAAGCGGGAGAUAAGACUAGGAACCGUGAUCGUCGAUCGAGGGAGCUUCAAAAGAAAUAAGAACUUCAGCAAAAAAAUUUUACUCAAGAUAGCUGAAUCAUGUUCCACAUGUUUUUGUGUACCCUGGUGCUUCAUUUCUGUUCGGUUCAACUUAAUUAUUCGGAAUACAUGCAAAUCCUCAAUGCCUUGA